UUGCCGCCCCUAAACAACCUGCAGCUCCCCCGGCACCCUUGUUCUUCACUUGUCACAGUAAACGCAUCUUUCUCCCAAACAUUCGCCUCUAUUAGUCUCUUCACUCACUUCUCACACCCCCAUCUCCUUCUCCACCAACCUUGUCGGAUAUUUGAGCUUAAGCUUCGGCUCCAAUGGCGGCAUUCGACCAUGUCAAAGACAUGUACGAUGUUGCUCUAAGGCCCCGUCUGUUGCAAACGAUCAUCAGAGACCUCCCCGACGAUAAACACCCGUCUGCGAGUCCAUCGGAGCUGUCGAAGGUAGUCUACGCAAUCAAAACCCACAACCUCCUUUGUGAGUCUGUACAAGAUGUGACUGACCAAAAGCUAAUCACUACGUGGAAAUCCGCUAUGGAUUCCUGGGUCCGUCGCUUGGUGCAGCUUGUUUCUAGUGACAUGCCAGAUAAAUGUUGGGAAGGAACUUUGAUGGGGGUGACUUGUCGGGAAUGCAGCUCUGAGCGGUUCUUGGAAUCAUACUCUGGUUGGUUCCAGAUACUUCUAUCACAUAUUCAGCCCACAACAACUUCUCAAUUUGUGAAGGUGGCCUCUUGUGCCUCGAUGUCAGAUCUCAUCACAAGGUUGGGUGGAUCUCUAAAUGCAAAAAGGGAUGGAACUGCACAUGCCGGGAAACUUGUUCAGCAAAUUAUUCAACCAGUUUUGAAGUUGUUAAAUGAUGAUCAUUCAGAGGUUGUUUGGGAAGGAGCAGUUCGAUUGUUAUGCACAAUUAUAUCUUUCUUUCCAUUGAGCAUCAGUCGUCAUUAUGACAGUGUUGAAGAUGUUAUUGCUUCAACAAUUUUGUCAGGAAAAGGAAGUGAUAACAUGCUGAAGAAACUUGCUUAUUGCCUGGCAGUACUACCAAAGUCAAGAGGGGAUGAGGAUAGCUGGUCCUUAAUGAUUCAGAAGAUUUUAUUGUUGAUUAAUGGUCACCUGAAUGAUGUCUUCCAGGGGUUUGAGGAAGAAACGAAACGCCAUGAAAUUAUUAGAUUAUUGAUUCCCCUAGGAAAAGAUCCCCCUCCUCAGUUGGGAGGAAAUAAAGUGUCAGGAAAAGAUUCGACGAAGGGAAGAAAGAGUUCUCAGCGUUUGACAAUGUCUAGUAUCUCUGCACUGAUGGUUUGCUGCUCUACAAUGAUAACAACUUCGUACCCUGUUCAGGUGACUGUUCCUAUUCGGUCCUUAUUUGUCCUUAUUGAGAGAGUGCUGAUUGUGGAUGGUUCCCUCCCACACUCUCUGCUGCCCUUUAUGACUGCCACACAGCAAGAGUUUAUUUGUUCGGAACUACCACUUCUGCACCUGUAUGGUUUAGAGUUCCUCACUGCUAUUAUAGAGGGCGUGCGCAGUCAACUUUUACCACAUGCUGCUUAUUUAGUGCAUCUUCUUUCAGUGUACUUAAAGAGAUGUGCAUUGCCAGAAUUAAGGAUAAAGGUCUACUCAAUCACAAGGAUUUUGCUGAUAUCCAUGGGUUUUGGUAUGACAUUAAGCUUGGCACGGGAAGUUGCUAACAAUGCUUUGAUUGAUCUGAAUCCCAUUGUGAAUGAGAGUGGUGGUGCACCUUCUAGUGGAAACUCGAAGCCUUCUACUGAAGCAUUGCUUCAAACAACACCACAAUCUAGCCAUAGAAAGAGGAAGCAUGGAGCUUCAAGUGGAUCUCUUGAGUGGCAUAAGACUAGUAGUUUGGGAGAGGGGAACCCCAAGAGCCAUACGAUAUCUCCUAUUCCUGUGAAAAUCGCUGCACUUGAGGCAUUAGAAGCCCUUGUCACUGUGGGUGGUGCGUUGAAAUCUGAAGGAUGGCGAUCAGAUGUUGGUCUUCUUCUGAUGGACAUAGCUACAAAUUCUAUGAAAGUGGGACGUGCUGGUGAUAACAAAAACAUUUACCAGCUGAAGGAACCUGUUGAUAUCUGGGGUGAUUUGCAGCUUGCUGCUCUACGUGCACUUUUGGCAUCGUUACUUUCUUCAUCUGGUGUCCGCCCCCCUUAUUUAGCUGAGGGUCUUGAUCUUUUCCGCAGAGGCAAGCAAGAAACUGGAACCAAAGUUGCUGGAUUUUGUGCUCAUUCUCUUUUGACCUUAGAGGUCCUUGUACAUCCCAGGGCACUCCCACUAGCAGGUUUCUCGGUUGGAGUUAGCCACAAACUCCCAGAAAACAUGUACUCUGGUAGUGUAAAGCACCAAACUCCGUUUUCAAGUGACAUACAGGGAAUGUAUGAUGCUUCUGAUUCAGAUUGUGACGACCUAUAUACUAGCUGGCUUGCAACUGGUAAACAAUUAGAAGCACCGAUGAGUGACCUAGACAAGACUAUGCAGGCGGGAGAGCCAUCCAAAACUCUAACAGUUCAUCGGGAUAAAAAACUUGUUGUAGAUGGUUCAUUUGGAAAAGAGACUCUAGGAGGAAGUGCACAGGAGCUCAAAUUAUCCAUUCAGGAUGUGGAUAUGAGAGUCAAUGGGGAUGAAAAUAUGGUUGAAUCCUGCCAAUUUCAAGAAUUUGCAGUGCAACUUGAGAAUGGUCUGUCUUCAAAAGUUGCCUCAGUGGCUGGAACUAGAGUUGCUGAAGAAGUCUUUGGGAGGGUUGCUCUUGGAAGUGGUCCAUCUGAUCAAGCAGGUAGCAUUACGGUUACAACCCAUGAUGUUCCGGUGGCUAAAGGUGAUGGGUUUCUUGGCAGAGAGAAGAAUUCAGCGUCUACUUCAAAUCCUGAGAAGGGCAAGGGAAUUGCAUAUGAACUGGGUAAUGAUUCAGAUGCGGAUUCAUUUCCUGAUAUUGUGGAUCCAGAUUCUGAUUCUGAAUGAUGUAAGAAUUUUUGGUUGAUUGAGUUUGUUUUCUAGAGACUCUAGAAUUCGUCUUGGGUUGGGAGGAAUUAGGGAGUUGGUUCACAUUGUUUGUGUCGUUAGACGUCUUUAGUCAAGUGUUUGGUGAAGGGGAAGAACUUCAGAAAUUGACUCAAGUGAAGAAGGCCCUUGUCAUCUUUUUGUAACAAAGUUUUAAUUUUACAGAUUCGUGAUGUCUUUUGAGAUGUUGAAGAAGCUAUUCCCAACCUUUUAUGGAAGUUUUGCCUAAAUGUGAAUCCGUUACGUAA